GAUGGCUCCAUUGAAAGUCUCUAGAAGGAGCACUGGCAAACCAUGUGGACGGAGGAGUGGCCGCGCAGCACCUGUGCCAUGGACUUUUGACGAAAUUAACAAACUCUUCUUGCAUGUGGUGAAGAAAUGCCCACCUGCUCUUACUGGUAUUGAUGUGUUGGAAGAAAUGGCUGUGAAACUUCCAGGACGAUCGAAAAGUGCUAUUCAAUCAUUUAUCAGCCACAAAUUCCGUCAGGAGGUCAAAUCUUGCAUCUAUUUUAAUUACGACAGAGAUUAUUCACGUAUGUCAAGACGACAGAGACUCUAACUAGCAUGAAAAUGAAUCCGUACUACGUGGCAAGCUCAUGGCUUUUGAUGACGCUGAGGCAGUGCAGACAGCUCGUCCAGUGGGCAAGGCAGGUGUCACAAAGACAGUGCGUUCUGGACCUUACGACAAGCCAACUCUUAAAUGCACUAUGAAGAAGGAAAAGAGUGAACAGUUUGAACCAAAUGCUUCGUCGACCCCUUGCCCUAAACGCAAGCUGGAACCAGCAUUGACGAAAGAUGUAAUUCAGUCAAUCUAUGAACAAGUUUUGGAAAAGUUUGCGGACAGACAACAAGAGAAAAACCCACAAGUCAGUGACCCAGAACCAGUUGAAGUCAUGAAUGAGCCUGAUAAUUUGCUUGUGGGUGAUGAAUCGUCAGAAAAGCCUGUGCCGGUUGGGAAUUCCUUGAAGGCAAGAGUCUGCACCAUAACUGUUGUUCUCAUCGAGGAAGAAGAAGACGAAGACUCUACUGAUGUGUCACCUUUGACUGUCUCAAAAAUUGGCAGGGAGUAUGGAAUCACACACGACCCAAACGAGUGGUCGAUGAGAGCUGAGUGUGGAUUCAAUGAAAAGACUCUUCUGCAGGACUUCAUCAAAACCAAUGACGUCUUCAAUCUUUCAGACAAAGAAUUACCCCCCAUGAGCAAGCUUAUCAUCAAAGACUCUCCGACCAAAAAAGCAAAAAGAUAUAAAACACUUUAUAUGAAGGAUAACAAUGGAAUGAAAUACCCAAUCCUAUUUGCAGCCGGAGACAUGGAUUGAAUCCAUCUCUUGACAUUACUCUGCCAUCAUAAUUCCACCGCAGUCACACGUUUAUUCUCUUGGAAGUACUUUGACGUUUAAAGUACCAUAAGCUUAUACUGUACUCUUGUUUUUACUUUUUGUUUUAAAUACUUUUAUUUGUGUUUAUUUGAAGGCACUCUUUUUAAGUGUGAUGUUAUCAUCUUUUACUCUUUAGAAUUCUUUGAUUUUACCGUUUCUCUUUAGAAUUCUAUCAUGUAGUACAAUUAUGUCUAGACACUAGUAUUAGUGUCAAAUUAUACUGCCACUUUCGUACUAUACUGCCACUGAUACUGCCACUUUCAAUAAAAGAUAAUCCAUUGAGUUUUAA